AUGUGGUUGAAGAGUUUCGACUUAUCUGUCCAAAUCUACAAGCUGUUGCUCUCUCUGGCUAUGACCGUCGGCAUCCAGUCGGAAGAGGGCACCAGGUUCAAGAAGAGCUUCCCAGCCUCAACUCAGCUGAGACGCGAACAAAGUCCGCAAUCAAGUCCAGGACCAAGCAUGCGCAUGAGCUUGGCGGAGAAGCUACUCGAGGAGCUGGAUCCAGAAAAUCCCAGUUGGUUGAAACUGGAGUGGGUCAAGGCCCUUGCUGCGCUGUCAGCGGUUCACACACACACACACACGGUGGAGCGAAUCUCGCCAGGCCCGAGUCGCAAGAUUUGCGACCUCCAGCUCGCCGCUGCCUCCGCACUUUGA